ACGUUAUUUUGUGGAGGAUAACUAAACAUGCAAUUUGUAUUUGUGCCAUAGUUAAAUUUAGUGCAAUUGCUAUAGUUUACUAACGUUACUUCACAUAAAAAACAUGCUGUUUGCUUCCACUCUUUAAAUUUGUUAACUUAUUCAGACAUUGUAAAUUUGAGAAAGUCUUGCAAAUUAUAAAAGUUAACAGUCUUGCUAGGCCUUGACUCAGGAAAUUAUUUUGACAUGUGCUUAGAAGUGCCUAAACUAAUUUUACUAUUUAGUGGAAAGCGGAAAUCAGGAAAGGACACUGUUACGGACAUAUUAUAUGAAAGAUUGUCUCUGAGAAAACCAGUCUUGUUAUUUCACAGAGUUAAAGAUGUUGCAGUAAAUAUAAAGCUGUCGGCUCCAAUUAAGUCACAUUUUGCAAACAGCCAAGGGUUGGACUUUGAUCAACUGAUGGGGACAGGAGAUUAUAAGGAGCAAUAUAGACUAGAGAUGAUAAAGUGGAGUGAAGACAUAAGAAACUCGGAUAACGGUUACUUUUGCAGAGCAGCUGUUGACAUGUCGGGUGCAAUGAAAAAGCCUGUAUGGAUAGUUACGGAUAUGAGAAGGCGAACGGAUCUUCAGUGGUUCAGAGAGAAUUAUAAAAACAUUGUUACAGUAAGAGUCUCUUCUACUGAAGACGAAAGGCAGAAAAGAGGAUGGGUAUUCACUUCUGGUAUUGACGAUCAGGAAACAGAGUGUGACUUGGACACGAUCAAAGAAUGGGACGUUGUCAUAGAAAAUAAUGGAACACUCUGUGACUUACAACCAAUGAUUGACCAGCUGGUGGAAAGGAUCAAUCUAGCGGCCCAAAACAGCUGAGAUUGUGAACAAAUCAGUAUUACUUCAUAGUUUGAGUUGCAGAAAAUUAUUUAUUAGCCCACAGGCUAACAGUAAGUAGCUAAUGUGAUCACAUAAUGUUUGAUCAUGAAAAUGACAUUUUACAUUGUUCAUUCUUAACUGGUUAAGAGUUAACAGUUAUAUUUUCUUUGUAAAUAUUUAUAACAACACUAAACAGCUGAACACAUUUUAUUAAAAAGAGCUAAUGGUUUUUAAAUUCAGCUUUAGAAACCAGAAGAAUGCCAGCUGGUUGUUUACUUCUACUCAGUAAUCACCUGACCUGGCUUGUUUCUCUUCAUAACCAUUCCUUUUUUUACUAGCUCUAAAUAAAAUAAAGAGCAUUUAGUCCAGAUGGUUAAAGUUAAGGAGUGAAUGUUAAUUUGCUUAAGAAUAAGAUUAUUUCACGAGCACAAAAUUACAAUAAUUGUAUAGGUAGCAGCACUCAAAUCUUUCAUAAAAAUUAAUAAAAUUAAAAAUUGAAGUGUUCUUUUGGUUUAAACAUCCACUUAGUAUACUGAAGUAGACACCCCUACACCCCUGGUGUAUUAUGACCAACAGUAUCCAGAGAACAUAGUUGACUGAUUCUCUAACAUUGAUUUAAUAUGUUUAAGGCGGUUUACACACCGGUAUCGAUCGCAGACAUAAUGUCGCUGAUAUUUCUGAUGUCGCGGGUAUGAUAUCUGCGACAUAUAAUAAAAUGCAACCAUGGGAAGAGGCACGUGCUGGCGACAUGAAUGUGAAAGAAUCACAAAAUUCAUCAGUUUCAAUAAUGUCAUCGUCAGAAGAAGAUGAUGUGUUGUUGCUGUUGGGGUUGAGGAGAAGAAGACGACGACGACGACGAAGAAUACAUGUUCGAAGAGAAUUCUGGACCCAUCCUUAUUGGAAAGACAAUCAGUUGUCCAGUAAACUUACUUAGACAAGACAGUUGUUUCAACCCCCUGAAAAGCUUAAAAUGUAAAUAAAAAAUGUUAAAUGUAAAAAAUGUAAAAUGUAAAAUGUUAAAAUGCUAUAAAUGUAGCAUCGAGGAUAAUAACAAUCGGAAAUCAAUUAGCAUUGAAGAAAGGCUGUCAAUAUACUGUCAAUAUACUAGAAACGUGUUCUGCGCAUACUCGGGCCCAAGAGACAAGAGACAUGUCUGUCCAAACACCGACCAGUUGGUUCGCUCGAGACACGCGCCUGCGACACUGGUGUGUAUGUCUUCAUAAGUUAACAUAGGUUGGUUUUCGAGAGGCAUGUUGCCAGCACGAUAAAUAUCGGCGACAUUAUGUCGGAGAUACCGGUGUGUAACCCGCCUAAGAUGUAAGUUAUUUUUCCGGUUUCGAUAGUUUACAUAACUACUCUUAACACGUUUGCUGCAGGUCGCUUCAAAAGUGAGUGCUCUAGUUCCGCCUCUCUGUGUGCGCACCGGUGAGUGUCAAUACCACGUCUAUUUCAUUUAGCAGGGAGAAUUUUUGUCCGUGUUAUAGCCUCUCUGUUUCCUGUGCAAACUGUUUGUGGAUUUCUUUAGCCUACCUAUAUUUUUUUACAGUUGGUGUAGGCCCUAAUUAAAUUUUCAAUUUUGCGUUUAUUAUUUUUAUGCCAUAUAUCUGUUUAUGGUCUGUUUAAUUGUGUUAUAAUUGCUUCAACUUCCCAGGCUGCAUUGCAGUCAGAUGAUGACAUCGGCAGUGACUCUGAUGUGUCUCUUUGCUCAGUGAAGGAACCAAACGCCUCUAGGGAAGAACUAUUCGAUUCCUGAGGGAUUCUGAGGCAGAUUUCAACCCCGAUUCUAAUCCUCCUGUAUAGUGUUUUAUCACUGCAGUCUUGAGACAGGUUGAAUUUAUUAGAGAAGAAAAAAUCCUUGUGCCUUUACGUGGUUAAGUUAGGCCUAUUGAGUUUUUCAAUCUGUUAUUGGACGAAAUCUUCUCAAAUUCUGAACUCUCACACUCUGCACAAUAUAUAUUAAAUGAACCAAGCAAGCUUGUCAUUCUUCGUCUUCCACAUGAAUGUUUUAGAAAGUUUGUUGCCAAAACCCACAGGGUCUCUGCCAGUCGUGCCACCCCACCAGGGUUGCCACCUUAUGUCAGGGAUAAAUCGAGACAUUGCCCCCCUCCCUCCUGGAUUAACAUAGGCUUAAAUACGGGCACGAGGAACCAAAAUCAGGACGCGUGGCAACCCUGCACUCCACACUCGCUGUCGGUGCUUUAUACCAUUGCCGAAUGAUCCCAAUUGGUUCCAGAGUAAGAACUGUCAUGUCAACACCAGAUACAAGACAAGAAAAAUACCAAAAACGUGUGCAAGACUUGUCCAGGUCAAAAAGCAAACUCUGUCCUGGCGAGUGCUUUGACACGCACAAACAGUAAAAUUCUGACCAUUAAGAAACUGUUAAAAUUGUAUAUAUUUUAUAUUUUUACAUUUUAUUCUUUUUUUAUAAAAUAAUCAUGUGAAUAAUACUGAGAUAAAAACUUACACGUGAAUGCCAUAGGGGAAACAAUCCAUCUUUGCUUCGGUGGGCUAGUGCGAGCGUGCCCCAGAAGGUGAGCACUCACCGGUGUGUCACUUUUUUAAAUGGCACUAAAUUAACAAAAUAUGUUGGGAAGCAGUUCUCAUGCAUAGGAAACUCUUUUGCCAUCAUAAGGUAUGUUAUUAUGUUAUAAUAUAUUUUAGGGUGUAAGGUCGUUUAAUAAGCUAAAUGGCGCAGCGAACGUGUUAAGUUGUGGCUAUAGAAGAUACAUAUAUUACAGUAAGUUGCCUUUUGAGUUUUUUUAAGAAGUUGUUAGUACGUCAUUUAAAAUCUCAGUAUUCAACUUGUAGCUUUGGAAAGGGUUUUAAUAGAAAAACUGACACCAACUUUUAAUACAAUAAUGAUAUGUUACUUCUUGGUGGUUUAACUAUAGGUAAAAGUUGAAGAUAAACACCUUAAUCUCUUACAACAUUCCAUUAUAAGCAAAGAAUUCUGACAAUUAUUGUUUAAAACUAAUUUAAUUGUAUACCUGUUCAAUCAUAUACACCAAUUACAGUGAAAUAAUAUGUUGUAUUUCAGAUUUUUCUUGUAAUUACCAAAGAUACCGGUAGCGUAUAACCCACAGUAUUAUUUUAUACUAAUUAUAACUGAACAAUCAAUACAGCAAACGAAUGAAUUUGUAUUGUAUAAUUCUAUUUACAGUAGUAAACAGUUUCUUGUAUCUGGGUUUCGUUUCUGUCAAGAUAAUAGAAAUGAAAUGUUCAAUGGUUUUUUAAAGUAUUUAAGUAUUGUAUUUGUUUGCCAAUAAAAUAUCUUAUUUCCGAAUCUUACCAGUACUGCCCACUGCGUUCUGUAAAAAACUCAAACUUAACGCUGUUAUGGUGACAGUUUUUUAUCUCACCAUUUCGAGUUUGGUUAGUUAAGUGAAAUUUUAUUUUAGCAAAAGUGGAUGGUGAAUUGUAUUAUUAUUUAUUGCAUUCUAUAUUAUAUACGUUAUUUACUGUUUGUUGUUUUGUAUGAUAACUGUACUGCACAGAAGGUUUAGGGUGGAGGCACCAGUUAUGGCCACCUUAAGCAUUUCCUUUAUUUUGUUACUUACUAUUGCAAAAGAUAUUGCCUCUAUUACUGAUUUAAAUGCUUAUUCUAGUAAUUUGAACUUUUAACAACUCAUUUCACA